AUGGAUGGAGGCAACCAGAGUGGGGAUUCUGAGUUCCUACUCGUCGGGCUCUCAGAGGCCCCUGAGCAGCAACGGAUCCUGUAUUGGACCUUUCUGUCCAUGUACCUGGUGACAGUGGUGGGGAACGUGCUCAUCAUCCUGGCCAUCAGCUCUGACUCCUGCCUGCACACUCCUAUGUACUUCUUCCUGGCCAACCUCUCCUUCACUGACCUCUUCUUCAUCACCAACACGAUCCCCAAGAUGCUGGUGACCCUUCAGUCCCAGAACAAAGCCAUAUCCUACACAGGGUGUCUGACGCAGCUCUUCUUCCUGGUCUCCUUGGUGGCCUUGGACAACCUCAUUCUGGCUGUGAUGGCAUAUGAUCGCUAUGUGGCCAUCUGCCGCCCCCUCCACUACACAAUAGCCAUGAGCCCUAAGCUCUGUGUCCUGCUCCUCACCUUGUGCUGGGUGGUAUCUAUCCUCUAUGGCCUCAUCCACACCGUCCUCAUGACCACGGUCACCUUCUGUGGCUCCCGGAAGAUACACUACAUCUUCUGUGAGAUGUAUGUCCUGCUGAGGCUCGCAUGUUCUGACACACACAUCAAUCACAUGGUGCUGAUUGCCACUGGCUGUUUCAUCUUCCUCACUCCCUUUGGGUUCAUGACCAUGUCCUAUAUUUGCAUUGUCAGAGCCAUCCUCAGAAUUCCCUCAGCCACUGGGAAGUACAAAGCAUUCUCCACCUGUGCCUGUCACUUGGCUGUGGUCUCCCUCUUUUACGGAACACUUUGUAUGGUGUAUCUGCAGCCCCUGCACACGUAUUCUAUGAAGGACUCUGUUGCCACAGUGAUGUAUGCAGUGGUGACCCCCAUGAUGAACCCUUUCAUCUACAGCCUGAGGAACAAGGACAUGCAUGGGGCUCUGGGACGGCUCCUAAGGAAACCAUUUCAGAAGUUAACAUGA